CCUCAAAACCCACCCACUCAAUUAGUAAAUGCUAAACGGAAUUGUAUUGAUUUUUAUUAAUUAAACCUUUUAUGUUAAGAUCAAAUUUGUACAAAAUGGGUUGCAUAUGUGCGAAUUUAGAAAUGUGUCAGGUUUUUCUCAGCUCAUGUCGGAUACCACAAGCUCCGACCAGGAGCCCACACUGUUCAGUGAAGCGCGGUUUGGAUUUGAGGUCAAGCUGCCACUACACAUCCACUGGCAGCGUGAACUGCCACGUGACCAAUAACAAGCGCUGGUACUUAGGCGCUCUUUGCCGCUGUCCAAUAGAAUGCCGCAUUCAGGUGGGGGCAGGAUGGGGCUGGGUCUGAUGCUGGAGCAUCAGAAUGGGACUCGACUCCAAAUAAUAACAGCUAGUGACAGCUUGGCCUUUAUUAAUAUUAGGUUUCCGAACGGCCGUGUGUGUGUGUGUGUGUGUGUGUGUGUGCGCGCGCUAAUAGUAAUGGGAGGCAGCAGCAGCUCCAGAAACAUGUCACUGGAGUCUGAGGACGCAGAAGGGGUCGUGUUAGUAAAGGGCAUUCGGAUGACAGAUAGAGUGAUUGAUCGAAUGAAGGAGUCUCCAUCAGCCCAGCAUCCUCAGUCCAAAUGCUCAACCUGUCCUUCAGUAGGUCAGCGUUUAACCCCUCACAGUGUGACCUUGGCCCCUACUGAGCUUUUGUCACCAACACUACCCCAUUCUCCUUCGUAUGCCAGUGCUCUGGUACCACCGCCUCUGCAGGAGUCCAUCAGUCCUCUUGUAUCAGUGAGCCAGAAGACUCCAGCUCCCUCUACAUACACACCUACUUUUGAAGCACUUCCCUCAGCCACUGUUACUGCAACUGAGUCUGUGCCUGAUUCUGUGCUUUCAGUUAAAGAACAUGUAGCAAUAUUCCCACCCACUGAUUCUGUCGAUCCAGUGCCAACUGUUGAGCCUUUACCAAUAAAUACAUCUCCAUUAAAUUUCACUGAGCCUGUGGUCUUGCCUUUACCUGCUGAGCCUAAACCUUUAGUAUUAUCAUCUUCUGCUGAAGCUGUGGACAUCUCUCCAUCUACAGUAACUGAUACUAUGAUGUCUCCUCCACCUAGUGAAAUCAUAACCACAUUCAUUGAAGCCACAAGAAUGCCGCUUACUGAUAAUGUGAUCAUAGUUCCACCUGUUGAAACCACACCCUUGCCUAAAAUGGUUAAACCCACUGAUAUACCUGUGGAAUCAUCUGUUCCAUCUACACAUACUCUGACUCUAGAUACAGCUAUUUCUGUUGACCAAGUAACACUGCCUACAACACCUUCCUCUGAGCCAGUGGUUGAGACUGAAAUGCUAUUCUCGCUGAAAACAGCACUUCCAGCUCCUAUUCGAUCAGUUGAAAUUUCACCAGACAUGCCACCUGUCAAGCCCAGAGACCUGCCUAGUGACCUGGAGGAGCUGCUGCCUCCUCCACCCUCUUCUGCACUAUCUGAGUUCUGUAAAGUUUCCUCAGGAUUUUCUCCCAACGAAGAUCACCCAGCUCCAUCACCUGCUGUUGAGCCAGCUGUUGCACAGCUGCUUCCACCUCUAACUGAAUCAGUGGGCCCAGCUACUUCUCCACAGGCUGCAGUCACUGAUGAGGUCCUAAGAAAGCAGAUCAGAGAGGAACUUCAGAAAGUCCUGAAAGAAGAGAUGAGGAUGGCACAGCUGAAGAUCCAGCAACAGUUUGAGGAGGAAAAAACUAAGGCUAAAGCAGAAGCUCUGGCCUUUGCUCGGGAGCAAAUCCAAGUAGAGGUUCAAAAGGUCCUGGAGAAAGAGCAGUUAGCCAUUCAACAGCUUCUAAAAGAUGUAAUUACGCAGGGACGCCAAAACAUUCAGGAUGAGCAGCCUGCAAAUCAUUAUUACUGUGUGGAGAGGAAGAUUCAGAAGCUAAAACAGAAGGAGAGUUACCUGGCAAAGCAGGACACCAUGUACAUGGAGCAGCUUGCCAAGCAUGAGGAGAAGACUGCACAAAUCACCAAAGUCUCAGCAGAGAGCUUUAAAAAGGGUCUGGAGGAAACUCACAAACGUUUCAUGAGGUACCAGAUUAAGCCAGUUUGCUCAAAGCUGCAGAGUGAGAUUUUGCAAUGUUAUUUGCAACAUAUAGGCCAGACUAUGAAAUGCUCCAAUAUUGCCUUGCAGUAUACGAAGUGUGUGAACGCUGCUAAGCAGAACAAGAAGGUGAACACAGGGGGUUAAACCUGUUUCCAGGAUGAACACUACUGUUAUGAAAAAAGAAACUAACCAACAGAGAGAAGAAAAGCAUUGCAAACAAGUUAACACAUUUGUGCAAGACCACAUCUUUCUGUUACUAUACUGGAAAAUGCAAGAGGUCAUAAACAUGCUGCUAGCAUUAUUUAGUGCAAUUUUCCAAACCCAUUCAUACCCGACAAUUUAAGGAUAUUUGACAUUAAAACCACAUUUAAAGUUCAGGGGAAGGAAAAAAUCACUUUGCCUUGUACUUUUAUUUAGCUGAAAAAAGGACUAAAGCCUACUGUUAUUUCUAGAGAUCUGUGAGAUACUGCUGUGAAGGAAUAACGUAAAAUACGCUCAUUAAAUAGUCAGAAGUG